GCGUGGAGGCGGCCCCGCGCUCGCUGAGAGCCUAUUGGCCAGAGCCACGCCCCCGGGACAAGUUGCGGAGUCUGACGCGGGAAACUGGGCACUAGGCCCUUAUGAAGAAGCCAGGAUCAGCUAUGGGGAGUCGUCGCAAGAAGCAAGCAUCUAGCCGCAAGGGAAGGGGGAAACGUGUCCUCAGCAGCAUGGCCACGCCUUCUGCCCCUGAUGGCCUUUCCAGGUCGCAGGAAGAGGUACAGGGCUCCGUCUCCCCAUACCACCUGUUCAGAGACUCAGCUGAGGUCACAAUCUUCCGGGAGAGUCUGCUGAGCUGGUAUGACCGAGAGAAGCGGGACCUACCCUGGAGAAGGCGGGCCAGGGAUGAGGUGGACCUGGACAGGCGGGCAUAUGCUGUGUGGGUCUCAGAGGUCAUGUUGCAGCAGACCCAAGUUGCCACCGUGAUCGACUACUAUACCCGAUGGAUCCAGAAGUGGCCAACACUGCAGGACCUGGCUAGUGCUUCCCUGGAGGAGGUGAACCAGCUCUGGGCUGGCCUGGGCUACUACUCUCGAGGUCGGCGUCUGCAGGAAGGAGCCCGGAAGGUGGUAGAGGAGUUAGGGGGCCACAUGCCACGUACAGCAGAGACCUUGGAGCGGUUCCUGCCUGGUGUGGGACGGUACACAGCCAGAGCCAUUGCUUCCAUAGCUUUUGGCCAGGCAACCGGUGUGGUGGAUGGGAAUGUAGUGCGGGUGCUGUGCCGUGUCCGAGCCAUUGGUGCUGAUCCUAGCAGUACUCUGGUCUCCCAGAAGCUCUGGAGACUAGCAGAGCAGCUGGUGGACCCAGCCCGGCCUGGGGACUUUAACCAAGCAGCCAUGGAGCUUGGGGCCACUGUGUGUACCCCACAACGCCCACUCUGCCACCAGUGCCCUGUACAGAGGCUCUGCCGAGCACAUCAGCGGGUAGAAAAGGAGCAACGCCCUACCUCACCGUGUCCACCAGGCAGUCCUCUUGAUGUGGAGGAGUGUGCUCCCAGCACUGGACAGUGCCAGCUGUGUGCACCUCCCACAGAACCCUGGGACCAGACCCUGGGAGUAACCAAUUUUCCCAGAAAGGCCAAUCGCAGACCCCCCAGGGAGGAAUGUUCUGCCACUUGUGUUUUGGAGCAGCCCUUGGCCCCUGGGGGUGCUCGCUUUCUGCUGGUACAGAGGCCCACUUCAGGUCUUUUGGCAGGACUGUGGGAGUUCCCGUCAGUGACAGGGGAGCUCUCAGGGCAGCUUCUUCACAAGGCCCUGCUGCAGAAACUGCAGAGCUGGGCUGGACCCCUCCCAGACACCCGCCUCCAACACAUUGGGCAGGUGGUCCAUACUUUCUCUCACAUCAAGCUGACAUACCAAGUGUAUGGUCUGACCUUGGAUAGGCAGAACCCAGCGACCCUCACAGCGCCUGGCGCUCGCUGGCUGACCCGGGACGAGUUUCAUGCAGCAGCUGUCUCCACCGCCAUGAAGAAGGUGUUCCGUGUGUAUGAGGGCCGCCAACCAGGGACCUGCCAGGGCUCCAAAAGAUCACGGGUAUCCACUCCAUCCAGCCGGAAGAAGCCCAGCCCAGGCCAGCAAGUUCUGGAUAGUUUCUUGAGGCCCCACGUCCCCACUAAAGCACCCAGCCUCAACAGUGUGGUCCACUGAUGCCUCUGCAAGACUCCAGCCCCUGAGAGUCCCAUUUUUAA